GUUUCAUGUAGAGUGAGUCGCACGAAAUAUACUAAAUAAUAAAUAAAAGCACUUUUCUUAAAAUGUUCAAGCAAUUUUCAAACGUUUUCCUGCUGCUCGUGGUCGUCAGCAGCGCCAGUGCUGCCGCUAUUCACGCCGACUCCUACGUCGUUUCGGUUCAAACAUCCGCCAACACUACAAUCUGUGGUGGCGCUCUGAUUAACAAAAAUACAGUGGUGACUUCAGCGACGUGCUUGGCCUUCUACGAUGCUGAUCAAUUGGUUGUUGGUAUAAAUAAUGGCUCGCAAAUCAUCAAAACUAAAGCGCACAGUUUUAAAGUAGAUUUCGAUUUUGUCACCAUGGAAAAUGAUGUGGCCAUCUUGAAAUUGGCGCAAUCAGUGAAAACUCGUUUUAUAAAAUUGGCGAGUAAGGAAAGAAAAACCGGUGCUAGCGCUGUGGUCAUAAACCCCAAUUUAGUCGAGGUACCUGUGACCAUAAUAGAGUACAAAGAAUGCAUUUCUGGAGAUUAUGGCUGGAGUGAGGAUGAAGUGUUCAGUACAAUGGUGUGCGGCCUGGUGAAAGAAAAUAGUGUUUGUGUCGGACAAGCGGGCAGUCCUUUAGUCUCCGAAAAUAAGUUGAUUGGUUUGGUCUCUUGGGGUGGUUGUGGCAACAAUGGCCAGCCAGCCGUUUUUACCGACAUUCCGGCGUUCCAGUCUUGGAUCAAGCAAACCACAAAGCAAUUGUAAAAUAAAUAAAUAAAUUUUAUUUUUACUUUAAAAUAA